UCCAUCCACCCCUUCUUCUUCCUCCCCUGACUCAGCUGCUCUAGCCUUCCUGGAGCUGCAGGUGUUAAUUUAGGGGCCCCUGGGCCCUGACCUUAUUAGAUACUGGCAGCAGAACCAUGAGGGCCUGGAGCCUCCUCCUCCUGGUGGCCUUCCUGGCUUUGGGGAGCCAGCUGCCUGCUGCCUUGGGCAGCAGGAAGAGAGAGAAAUUGGGGGGCUGUCCACCGGAUGAUGGGCCAUGCCUCCAAUCGGUGCCGGACCAGUGCAUGGACGACAGCCAGUGUCCCUCAAGGAUGAAGUGCUGCUACCGGGCUUGCUAUCGCCAGUGUGUCCGUCUGGUCUCAGUCAAGCAGGGCAGCUGCCCCAAGGACCCCCUGCGCUGCCUCAGCCCCAUUCAGCACCUGUGCCACCAGGACUCAGACUGCCGGGGCUCCAGCCGGUGCUGCCUCGGCGCCUGCGGCCGGGACUGCCGAAACCCUGUCAAAGGCUGAUUCUGGUUUAGGAUCCAUGGCUCUGAACCUCGGGUUGAUGUUCCCAGCAGCAAAAGAUGAUGAUGACGGGCUUGGGACCCUGCCACCCAGGCCGCACUCUCUCUGCCAGCGGCCGUUCCAACCUUCCGAUAAACUGAUCUGGAGUCAUUCCUCCUGCAACCCCCCC